AUGGCGUCAGUAGCUGCCCGGACACGAGCCCGCGAGAGACUCGACUCGAAAACAAAACGGAGACCCGUAAGGCAUUCAGUACUCUGGGAAUCGCAAUGCAGAGCCAGACGAAUCUGAACUGGGGCAUCGCAGCGGCGGGCAGGAUAACGCAGGACUUCGUCACUGCCCUGGGAACCGUGGAGAAAUCCCGCCACGUAGUGGUCGCUGUGGCCGAUGUGGAUGGCCAGCGGGCUCAGGAAUUUGCCCAGAGGAAUCAGAUUCCCAGACAUUACGAUGGAUUCGAUGCCUUGGCUCUGGAUCGCGAGGUGGAUGUGGUAUAUGUGGGCACUCUGAAUCCAUUUCACUACGCUGUCGUUCAUCUCAUGUUGGCCAGGGGUAAAAAUGUCCUGUGCGAGACUCCGAUGUGCUUGGGAUUGGAACAGGCCAAGGAACUGUAUUCAUUGGCCGAGCAGCGAGGAGUUUUCCUAAUGGAGGGUAUGUGGUCACGUUUUUUCCCCAGCUACGAGCGUUUGAGGGAACUCCUGAAUAACGACGUCGUGGGAGAGGUGACCCAGGUGAAGAUCCAACAUGGUUUCCGUUUGGCCCAGAUGGAACGGGUCUGUAAUCGCUCGUUGGGAGGCUCCAUCCUAAUGGACAUUGGCAUCUACGCAUUGCAACUGGGUCAGUUUGUUUUCGGUGUUUCGCCUGUCAAAAUCCUGCCCAGUGGAACGCAAUUAAACAAGGAUCGAGUGGAUGUGCAGGGUGAGUUUAUGCUGGACUAUGGAGAUGGACGGAGAUUGCUGGCUUUGGUGACGGGGCUGGAGAACCUGGAGAACGAUGCCGUCAUUACGGGCACCAAAGGCGAGAUUAAGCUGUCGAACUACUGGUGUUGUACUCAAGUGAGCCGCACUAAUGGUCCUCCCGAAUCAUGGCCUUUGCCCCAGGCCAAGUUUGAUUUUCACUACACAAAUACCUGCGGAUUGAGAUACGAGGCGGAGGAAGUGCGUCGCUGCAUAGAGAAACGUCUGCUGGAAAGUCCAAAAUUCACGCAUGCUGAAAGUCUGGAACUAAUGGCCAUUACCGACGAGAUGCGACGACAGAUUGGGGUCACCUAUGAUCUUUAACUUUUAAGAAAAGUUAGAAAAACUUAGCUGUAAAUAAAAACGUAACAGAGUGGAUUAAUUAAAACGAGAUUAAAUAAUAUUAUCGUCUGUGAAAGGAAAUAUGAAUAAAUUUAUACCUUAAAAGACUA